ACAGUCAUCUCCGUCGCGCCCUCGCCCACGGGCGGCGUCUUCGCCACGGGCUCCGGCGACAUGCGCGCCCGCAUCUGGAAGUUUGACCGCUACAACGGCCCCUAGGCGCGUCGCCGUCGCCGUCGCGGCAGCACACGCAGCCACCGUCGCCGCCGCCGCGCUGGAAAAGUGGCGCGCUGGCAUGCGCAGCGCCAAGAUGGCGAGACGAUGCCAGCCGUGUACAUGGGCGCAGCAAAGAAAAGGUGCUUUUCGACUUGGUACAGCGGUGCGAUGGAUGCCGUCUCAAAAGCGCACGGGAGCGGGGAUGGAAGGGAUGGGAUGAUAUGGGGGUUUUGUAGCUUGCUCGUGUUUGGAUGCAAGGAAUCACCUUUGCCGGCAUUUAAUUCAGCCUUUUUCGCGUCGCUGUUCGAGGAAGUCGUCAUUGCUCGUUGUAUUGGACGGCCGCUGCGGCUCUUUCAUGUGUGUGCUUCUUUGUCCUGCAUGUGCAUCUAUGUGCUUCUUUGUCCUGCAUGUGCAUGUAUGUGCUUCUUUCUCCAUCCAGCAUGUGCAUCUAUGUGCUUCCUUCUCCAGCAUGUGCAUCUAUGUGCUUCCUUCUCCAGCAUGUGCAUCUAUGCGCUUCCUUCUCCAGCUUGUGCAUGUGUGUACUUCCUUGUCCAUAUCCGUGUCCAGCUGUGCUCAUCUGCAAACCCAUCCGCACCGCCACCGCUCCUCGCGCACAUGUCCCAAAAGAAGAGGCUAAGCACCCCAAAACUCCGCCCAACCUAUGCCGCGCUGGGCAUUCCUCGAGACCGCGCCACAGACUUCCCAAAACGCCCCGCGCUAAAUUGCAGAAUACAUUAGACCAGAGAAACGGCUCAGAGGAGGAAACUCCACUUGAGAUGCGCGGCAAGAGCGCCUGAGCGUCUAGCCCCAAGAGGCGAGAUAUACGACGUGUUAGG